AUGGUAUCACAUGAGUACUGGGAAUCCUACCAUGAACAGCUUGGUGCCCUUGACCUCGACUGGCAUCCAACAUCAUUUAUCCCCCGGGAUUGGGCUCUAAAUGUAUCCGACAUAGCAAGCGAAUGGGUUGAGCAACAAUUUGCAGCUCAUAUCGCGGGAAGACCGCUAGUGCCUGCGCCGCCCGAACUUGACCUGGAAACCAUGGUUGUUUGCGGACAGUUGGCCUUGGUGCUGGCAGAGGCAUAUCAACAUCCUAUAAAACUGGACAUUGAUGUUAUCCGGUACAACGAGGCAUUGGCCAAAUGGGAGUCGGGACUAAAUGAUUCACACGAGGAAGCUUUACUGGCGAAGUUCCCCCCCGCUAAGCGCCUGGUAUUGGAUCGCCCGUCUGUUGUGAUCAAUUCUGGUUACUGGAUAAUUCUCUGGUACCUCCCGGGUGCGCUACACUGGUCUUUGCAGCGUGACAUGUACAACGCCACCAUCAGAAUGGGUAACCUAUUGAAGCAGAGCAUCACCACUGGGAAGACAUCUACGGGACAGUCAAGUAAAUGGAGGACUCACUCAUCCAAUUUCUAUGCUGCCCAAGAGCCACAGUUAAAUCCCGGGUGCAUCAAUAUAUCGCCGUGCUGGUUUCAGCAGGGGCAUGAGUGUCAUGGGCCCCCACCUGUGAACCCGGGAAUUGGUUUUAUGCCGGAAGUCUCUGCUACCUUGAAGGGCGACAGGAGCCUCUCGGUCAUCAGAAACAUGCAAUGUCCGGGCCUCGUGUCAUCGGCCGCCCUUCACGUAAUGCACCCGCAGUUAUAUCGUGCAUCGCUAUCCACCCAUGUAGAGCUUGGGCAUUGGGCAGCUACGCAAGCACCGGAUGACAUGUACAGGUGUCUUCAGCACUGGACAUCCGUCUAUACGGGCGUGGCAAUAAUGUGUAAUAGGAAGUCACCGAGCCAUUGA